UGGUCCCGCUUUGGAGGAUAUAAAAUGUAUCAGAGUUUAGCCCUAGCCCCCAACCAUGGGCAAUCGGCUUAUUCCCACGACUCCAGCAAUUUCCUGCACUCGUCGGCCAGCUCCCCGGUGUACGUGCCCACCACCCGGGUGCCCUCCAUGCUGCAGACCCUGCCUUAUCUGCAAGGCUGCGAGACAGCCCACCAGAGCCACCCCCUGGGCAACCACCCGGGCUGGGCGCAGAGCGGCGGCGAGGCAUCGGCCUUCAACCCGAGCAGCCCUCAUCCGUCUUCGGGCUUCCCUUACUCGCACAGUCCGCCCGUCAGCAACAACGCCGGCCGGGAGGGAGCCUACCAGAACCCGCUGCUCCUGGGCAGCGGGGCCAGGGAGCAGUACAGCAAUGCCUUGGUGCGCUCGGUCAAUGGAUCCUACUCCAGCCCCUACCCUGCCUACGUGAGCCCGGAGAUGCCUCCCUCCUGGACCGCGGGACACUUUGAAAGCAGCGUCCUGCACAGUCUCCAGACGAGGCAGGCUGCCUUGCCGGGCAGGAGAUCCACUUUCGUUUCAGAGUACUUGGAAGAAUUCCCCGGGGAUGGCCGAGAGUGUGUGAACUGCGGGGCCAUGUCCACCCCGCUCUGGAGAAAGGAUGGCACCGGGCACUAUCUGUGCAACGCCUGCGGGCUCUAUCACAAAAUGAAUGGCAUCAACCGACCGCUCAUCAAGCCACAGAAGAGGCUGUCUUCGUCGAGACGUGCUGGUCUUUGUUGCACUAACUGUCACACAACCAAUACUACCCUCUGGAGACGGAAUGCAGAAGGAGAGCCAGUCUGCAAUGCCUGUGGAUUGUACAUGAAACUCCAUGGGGUGCCACGACCUCUGGCAAUGAAAAAGGAAAGCAUCCAGACAAGGAAAAGGAAGCCUAAAAACAUUACCAAAGGCAAAACCUCGACAGGGUCUACAACUUCAGCCACUAACUCCCCUUCUUCCAUUACAAACUCAGACAGCACCGUCACUUUAAAAACCGAAUCCAACGUGACAUCACAGUACCCCGGACAAACCAUAGUGUCAGUCUCCCAGGCUCAAAGCCAAUCGGAUGACACAUUGGCCAGUGGCCAUUCCGAGUUCAAAUUUGAACCUGAGGAUUACGCCUUCACUUCUGCUACCAUGACUCAACAGUCAGGACUAAGCAUUCCCCUCCGUCAGGACUCUUGGUGUGCACUGGCAUUGGCCUAGAAACGAGGCUUCCAAUAAAACACUUUGGACCAACCUUUCUACCUUCCCCGCUAAUGGAUAACAGGCAAAAGGAAUGGCUGCCUUAGAGCUUUGGGACUGAAAGGUUUCAAGUAGUCAAUAUAUGAUUCUAUGUUCAAAGACAGAUUUCUCUCGGAAGCUAUGAGUGAAAGCUUAGAAAAUGUUGGCUGUACUUGGCCAAGUUCAUUCUUCCUGACUGACUGGUUCGGUGGUACUCACUCCUCUAAAAGCUUUCACUCUGGAGACGCCUCCCCAAAGCAAAAGAAAUGGGGAUGUCUCUCUUUUCAUGAGGAAUCCUUUAUCUUCCCGAGACGAAACAAAUAAAUACA